GCCAAAAAUCUCAAAGAAGAAGACGAAACAAAAUGGCGGCCCCAAAAACUCUCCCUAAAGACGCUCAGGUGAUGAUGCAGAUCCUCAAAGACAUGGGCAUCACCGAGUACGAGCCACGCGUCAUCAACCAGAUGCUCGAGUUCACCUACAGAUAUGUGACGACGAUCAUUGAAGACGCUAAAAUCUACUCGUCUCACGCCAAGAAGUCGACCGUGGACGCCGACGACAUCAAACUCGCCAUUCAGUGUCGCAUGGACCAGUCGUUCACCUCGCCGCCGCCCCGAGACUUCCUGUUGGAGGUGGCACGUCAGAAAAACCAGACUCCUCUUCCUCUGAUCAAACCGUACACAGGACCGAGGCUUCCCCCAGACCGCUACUGUCUGACCGCUCCCAACUACAGACUCAAGACCGUCCCCAAGAAGAUGACGCCCUCUGCUGGUCGGAUCUCAGUCCCGCGCCUCAGUGUUGGAGCCGUGUCCAGCCGCCCCUCCACCCCCACGCUAGGUUCCUCAGUCCCUUCUGUGUCUAAAGUCUCUGCUCCGGUCUCGUUGGCGGCCCAGAGGUUCACGGUUCAAAUCCCGAGCGCCCAGAGCCACACCCCCAAAACCACCACGGCCACGCCCCCCGUCCUCAUGAGCUCGUCUCUGAUUGGACAGAAGACUCUCCUUAUGAGCAGCAGCAGCCUAUCACAGAGCGACAGCUUGAAGCGCAAACAUGAAGACGACGAUGAUUACGACGCCAUUUAACCUCACACUUUAAACAUUAAAAUAAAAGUCAAAGGGCCCGUUUUACCCAUUUUCUGAUCUAACGUAUUUUUCGGAGUAUAAGUCGCACCAGCCAAAACAUAGUAAUGAAGAAGAAAAAAACAUAUGUCACACUUUUUGGGGAAAUUUAUUUUAUAAAGUCUGAGAUCAGGAACUGACAUUUCCUGUUGAAAGUCAAGUUGUAGUAAAAACAAUAGAAGAGAGAACAACAGACUGUUAACGUCACAUAUGAACAGUUCUUCAGAUAAACUAUAACAUAAACAACAGAACAGAACAAGUUUAACAAACUCUGCAUCUCACUCCAAAUCACUAAAUCCAUUCAAUUCUUCAUCCUCGGUGUCACUUCUGAACAACUCCUCAACCUCCGGAGGUAAACAGAGCGCCACUUCCUCUUCUGUGUCGCUGUCGUCAGACUCAGCGUCAGUUCCAGUUAGAAUUAUUCGGGUCUUUCUGAAUCCCGACAGGAUGGUUUCGGUGUCACUGAAGUCCAGACUUUGUCCAUCCAUCCAGUGACUUCAGGAAAGUUUCAUGGUGCAUCCUCCCGGUGUCACAAGUUUCUCUCUCACUCCAAACUUUCUUUCUGCUGCUCGAUUUUCGUUUGCAAGUCAUGAAAUCUGCAGCUGAAGUUUGUAAUCUGCAAAAUAUGAUUUUGUUUUUGGGGGCAUUUGUGUUCAGUCUUCUCAGUCGUCUUUAUAAGUUUGUUUAAAUUUUAGAUCUUUAGUAAUGUUGCGAUCGACUGACAUGAUACAGACAGGACAGAGGCUCUUUCUGCAGGAGACAUGUGCAGUAGAGUGAAGUGACAGUGGUGCAGGAGGAACAGGAGCAGCAGAAACUGACACACAAGACUAGAGCCUCUCCACACUUCACUGUCAACAUUUUAAUAUAUGGUAUAAGUCACAGGAAACACCCAAACCAUGAAAAAAGUGCCACUUAUAUUCCGAAAAAUACAGUGUGUUAUAAUGUUGUUUCCACGUCACAAACAGACCUGGAGUUGUGUUUUGUUUAAUUCACACACGUUUAACACACAAAUCCUGCAUAUUUAGGCUGAGUUCUCACAAAAAACUCCUUGUGAUUUCACGUCAAGAAGUGCUCCACUGUGUUUUUAAACUCCACACACCUUCACUAGAAUCAUUUGAAUCAGUUUAGGUCUGGAACUAUCAAAACAUUUCUACUGAACUAAAAAUAAAAGGAGCUGUUAACUUUAAAACUAUGACUACAUGACAUCACAAGGUGGAACAAGGCAUUUUGAGCUUUGGAGAUGAACAGACUAAUAAUAAAUGUUUACUCAAACGUGUAAAUGAAACAAAACACGACUCCAGGUCUGUUUUUGUCGAGAUAACAGGAUUAUGAUGCAGCUUAAAGCUCACAAGAGUCAGUUUUGUGUAAUACAGGACCUUUUAAAAUAAAUAACAAGUCACAUGUAAAUAAAACAUUUUUUCUUGUUUUUACUGUUUAAUUGUUACAGCUGGUUGUAUUUUGGACUCCUCAGUUUUUUUUUAUAAUUUAAAAUAAAUGUUUGUGUUCAUGUAGCUGAAAUAACACUGUACUCAGACACCUCUUUUACAGACUAAGACCAGGCAGCAACAACCUCAGUUUUUAUAAUAAAAGUUUUCCAUCAGGUGGGAA